GCGCAUUUCUCCCGUCAUCUCUACACACAUUCCGACUCGUCUGCGCUCGCUUACUCUCGUACAAGAUUCUUUGCAGACAAGUCAUGAGGCUCGCAGACAAAAUAGCAAAUUAUGAGGGCGAAAGGCCUUUCUUUACCCUCGAGUUCUUCCCGCCAAAAACGGACCAGGGCUUUGAAAACCUGUUGGCUCGUAUCUCACGACUUGCAGCGUUAGGGCUCCUUGCGGCCUCUAUAACAUGGGGCGCAGGGGGCAGCACUAGAGAGCGCAGCCUAGAGCUCGCGGGCAUAACCCAGCAAGAGUAUGGUCUUGACACGGUCAUGCAUCUCACGUGUACGAACAUGGAGAAGGGCUCUAUAGACGAGGCUUUGAAGGCCGCGAAAGAACGAGGAAUCACUAGUUUACUUGCUCUCCGAGGCGACGCACCUAGAGGGGAUGAAGAGUGGAUUCCAACCGAUCCUCGCUUCGUACACGGAGCAGAUCUGGUGCGGUACAUCAGGACUCUCCCUGAAUACUCCAACUUCAGCAUCGCCGUGGCAGGUUACCCUGAUGGACAUCCCGAAAGCCAGACUGAUGAGGAUGGCGAGAUUGAAUACUUGAAGCAGAAGAUCGAUGCGGGUGCAGACCUCAUCAUAACACAGCUCUUCUACGAUGUAGACGGGUUCCUGCGUUGGGAACGAAAGGUGCGCGAGAAAGGCAUUACCGUACCCAUCGUGCCCGGCAUUAUGCCGAUUCAGACUUAUGCUUCCUUCCUUCGCUUGACGAAGCUCUGUGGCACCCGCGUACCGCACAAGCUUAUGGCCGAUCUCGCGGAAAUUCGCCAUGAUGACCAAAAGGUUAAGGAUUAUGGUGUUAAGCUUGCCAUCGAGAUGAUCGAGCGAUUGACUUCAGAGGCAAACAUCCCUGGUGUUCAUCUCUGUACUUUGAACCUGGAAAAGAGUGUGCAACGUGUCAUUGAGGGCCUCGGUUGGGGAGCACCGAAUUACUCCAAAAUAACUAACAAAUUAAUUGCCGACAUCUCUGGCACCAGCACGCCGACCUCUGCAAUACCCCGACAAUCUGACUUUACUAUCACUCCCCAGAAAGCUACUGACUCUGCAACCAGCAAGCUUGCUGUCAUAGCGAACACCGAGACUGAGGCAGGGAAAGGAGAGCUUAAUAGCGCAGCUACCUGGGAUGACUUCCCUAAUGGCCGUUUCGGAGACUACAAAAGUCCUGCAUUCGGUGGCCCUAAUCCUUGGGGAACGACUACCGUCUCGCGCAAUCAAGUCCUUGCACAUUGGGGGCACCCGAAGACAGAGGAGGAUAUUCUGAAUGUCUUCCUCCGCUACCUGCACUCUAAGAUAAUCACGACACCGUUCUCCCCCGAACCGCUUUCCCCCGAGUCGCUCAUGAUCAUUCGACACCUGGAAUGGCUGACGAAGAAAUGCUGGUGGACGAUCGGCUCGCAGCCUGCAGUCGACGGCGCCAAGUCGUCGGACGAGGUCGUCGGCUGGGGACCAAAGGGCGGUUAUGUCUACCAGAAGUCCUUCGUCGAGUUCUUUGUUGAGAAGGACGUCGUCGACAAGAUCGAGAAAAAGGUGCGCGAGCGUGGGCAAGGACUGGUCGACUUUUUCGCAGGCAACCUCGAAGAUGAUUUCCGCACGAACGUGCCUAAGGGGGGGAGGAAUGCGGUCACCUGGGGUAUUUUUCCCGGCCAAGAGGUCGCGCAGUCUACUAUUAUUGAGAAAGAGUCUUUCCUGGCCUGGAAGGAAGAAGCCUUCAACAUUUGGGCAGAGUGGGCAUCACACUAUCCCCCAGACUCAGAAGAGCGCAGACUUCUUCAGAGUAUCAGGAACAAACGGUGGCUCGUCAGUAUCGUGCACCAUGACUACAAGGACCCGGACGCAUUGUGGAGGUUCAUUUAUGAUGAUGGUGAGCCCCUGGUAUAAGGCCAAGAUAGCCAGUAUUUAUCAGUUAAUGUACACUUACGACGAGGGAAUGUACCGUACCCGAAUUACCUGGAUACCCCUUUAUGACAAUCCGAUUGUCCGAGAAGCCCUUUCAAGCUGCCCAAUAACCACUCGAAAUCUGGCCCAUGUCGAAGACACUUCACACACACUCAGGCGACUAGCAUUUCCCAACGAUCUGCUCCGGGAGUUCGCGAUUCCGAGGACUACGAGUGAUCUAGCCAAAAUGAUACGAAUAUGGGUAUGAGUCGUGAACAUAUAGUAAGACAGCGACAGAAGGGCAACAGCGAAAAAGAAACGAAUGAAUGCAGCGAGAGCAGGAGAAAUGAUGCAAUGCUAGUAGUAUGAAACAGAAAAGCGUGCCGUGCAGAGUGUAACAGUGUGCCGUCGAGUCGUAUGAAUGGGUAAAAAUCUACUAAAUACAGAAUACAGUCAGCGCUGCG